GUGUAUGAGAGGCGACAUUGGCGGAUCUAGAGUUUAAAGUCCCCUCUCUUUGUCUUCUUCGAUCCUUUGGCUCCCACCUCCUAGGGCGCGAGGAUCCUUCCUUGUCGCCGGGCGAUUCAUCCAUAGCCGGAGCACUGUUGCUCGAUCCGAAGCUGUCGAAAGCGCGUGGAGCGGUGAAUCUAGUGGCAAACACGCGAUCGGCUCGAUCAAUCGAUCGCGAUCUCCCGAUAUUUAGUGCGAGGAGCUGGAAAAGGCACAAUUUAGGGAGGUAGCGCCAUGCCGGGAUUUCUUGCCAGUCUCCUCCUCCCCGUGCUCAUGACCAUGGCUAUGCGAUUCCGGAAGAAAUCCAGGCUGCGCGGCGUUGCGGAGGAGGUGGGAGGCGAGCCGGGGGUCACGAGAAGGAACCAGCGAUUCCCGGCGCUGGUGGAGACGCCAUGGGAGGGCGCCACGACGCUGGCAGCUCUGUUCGAGCAGGCAUGCGAGAAGUACGCGGAUCAGCCGCUGCUGGGCACGAGAACGCUGAUUUCGGUCGAGUCUGAGGCUGGGCCGGAUGGAAGAUCGCUGGAGAAGGUGACAUUGGGGCCUUAUGUGUGGAUCAGCUAUGGCCAAGCUUUCGAAAAGGUGAAGCUCUUCUCGUCCGGCCUCUUGGAGUUUGGACACGUUAAAGAAGAGAAGAUCGCGCUCUUUGCCGAGACUCGGGCAGAGUGGCUGAUAGCUCUCCAGGCUUGCUUUCGGAAUAACAUAACAGUGGUGACGAUCUACGCAUCUCUUGGCGAAGACGCUCUGGCACACUCUUUAAACGAGACGGAAGUUACUACAGUGAUUUGCGAUCGGAAGCAGCUAAAGAAGCUCAUCGAUCUGGGAGAAAGUCUCGAGACUGUCAGGCGUGUCGUUUACAUGGACGAUGACUCGGACAAAUCCACACUGGCGGCCUGUGCCUGGCAGCUUGAGUCGUUCUCGAACAUUGAAAAGCUGGGGAAGGGAUCUACUGCUCAGGCGCACUUUCCAAACGCUUCUGAUAUUGCUGUGAUCAUGUAUACGAGUGGGAGCACCGGGCUGCCAAAGGGGGUGAUAAUGUCGCACCGGAACAUUGUGGCAACUAUAGCAGGAGUGAUGACAGUAGUGGCUGAUAUUAGUCCCAAGGACGUGUACAUCGCAUAUCUUCCUCUUGCACACAUUCUUGAGUUGACUGCAGAAACUACUAUGUGUGCUGCCGGUGUUGCCAUUGGAUACGGGUCGCCAUUGACCCUGACGGAUACAUCUAGCAAGAUAAAAAAGGGGACCAAAGGUGAUGUUGGAGAGCUAAAGCCGACUUUGAUGACUGCUGUUCCGGCUAUACUUGAUCGCGUUCGAGAUGGUGUGAGAAGAACGGUUGAAGCAAAAGGUGGACUGGCAAAGCGGCUAUUUCAAACCGCCUACAGAAGAAGAUUAGGCGCUGUUGAAGGAAGCUGGCUCGGUGCGUGGGGAUUAGAGAGGGUUCUGUGGAAUGCCGUGGUCUUUAAAAACGUUAAACGUGUUCUUGGCGGUCGUCUUCGUGGAAUGCUGUCUGGUGGCGCGCCCCUUUCCGGCGAUACUCAGCGCUUUAUCAACAUCUGCUUGGGUGUUCCUAUAGCUCAAGGAUAUGGUCUCACCGAGACCUGCGCUGGGGCCACCUUCUCUGAGUGGGAUGAUACAUCCGUUGGUCGUGUAGGCCCUCCAGUUCCUCAUUGUUACGUGAAGUUGGUCGAUUGGGAGGCCGGAGGCUAUUUGGCAAGCGAUAAGCCUCUUCCAAGAGGCGAAAUCGUGAUCGGCGGGCCAAGCGUAACCAUCGGCUAUUUCAAGAACCAAGCGAAAACCGACGAAGUUUACAAGACGGACGAGAAUGGCCUGCGAUGGUUUUACACGGGCGAUAUUGGGCAGUUCCACCCGGAUGGAUGUUUAGAGAUAGUCGAUCGAAAGAAGGAUAUCGUUAAGCUCCAGCAUGGAGAGUACAUAUCACUGGGAAAGAUUGAAGCGGCAUUGGUGGUCAGUCCAUACGUGGACAGUAUCAUGGCUCACGCGGACCCCUUCCACAAUUUUUGUGUCGCAUUGAUCGUUCCAUCGCAAACGGCGCUGGAGAACUGGGCGAAGCGAGUAGGACAAGAGUACAACGAUUAUGCCGACCUGUGCCAAAAGGAGGAGUCGAUCAAGGAGAUACUGAAAUCUAUCUCUCAGACGGCCAAGCAAGCUCGCCUCCAAAAAUCGGAGAUACCCUCCAAGAUCAAGCUGCUGCCGGAUCCAUGGACUCCAGAGACGGGACUAGUGACUGCCGCGUUGAAGAUCAAAAGGGAGAACAUACGCAAGGCGUUCGCCGAGGAUUUGAAGAAACUUUACCAAUAAGCUGAUCAACAAGGCUGGCAGCGAGCGAUUGAUCAAUCGACAACACCUAUAAUGAGGUUGAAAGAAUCAAUAAACUCGAGCUUUGCUAUGCGUAGUUUUACAGAUUGGAAACUCGAAAAAGAACGUCUUCUUCACCCAAGGUGGGAGCUGUGCAUACUUUGUGGGCGGGAAAGGUAUCAAGGGACUGUAAAAACGAGGGAUUGCUACUUUGAGAUCUGGAGAAAAAGCUUUACGCACCUGGUGGUUUCCUUGUACAUCCUGUACGCUGGAUUGGAACCAUACUUCUUAUCAGCAGAUGCCUGGAGUAAGGUGGAAGAUCUUAGAAACGCACUCCAAAGUAUUAACGAGUUUUUUCACCUCGAGCAAAGGCAGGCCGCUGAGAAAGAGGAGGAUGGCCAUGAGGAAAAGUGGCCCGAAGAUGGCUGCCCACUGGCCGCCUCGAAAAACUGGCGAGGCGGCUGCGAAGAUCCCCCACCAAAGUAGCAUCUAUGGAGGAAACAUAUGGUUUGUAAGCUUUCCCUGUGAUAAAUGGAAAUGGAAGCUCGAACGUACCUCUCCGAAA